GAGCCUGAAAGUGAAACCUCAGCCACUCAAAGACUUUCGAGAUGAGUGAGAACACCACUUUGGCCCCCCCAGCUCCAACCCAGGGACCGACCACCCCACGCAAAGGCCCUCCCAAGUUCAAGCAGAGGCAGACUCGACAGUUCAAGAGUAAACCUCCUAAGAAAGGUGUGAAAGGAUUUGGAGAUGACAUUCCAGGCAUGGAGGGGCUGGGAACAGAUAUCACGGUGAUUUGUCCAUGGGAGGCAUUCAGUCACCUGGAAUUGCAUGAGCUUGCUCAGUUCGGGAUUAUCUGAGAACCAGAGGUUCUGCCACUCUCAACAGCACGUGCUGUAACUUUGAUUAUUUUUGUCCUAUUGACCUGCCAGAGUCUUGAAUUUCAGCGUUCGGAAGUGGUUUCUUUGGCCUACAAGGUCGUUUCCCAUCAGUUACUGGAAGACUUCUUUUAGUGUCAGAAUCUCUCUUGCCGUUUAGCUCAGUUCAGAAUCAUGGAUGAAAACCCACUUCUGUCAGGCUUUUCAUACUUUCCCCCCUUUUCCUAUCAGCUGGUUAGAAGUCAUCAGCCUUUCUCGAGAUUUUGUGUGUAAGUUCUUCAGAUCUAUUUUUGCUAGGCAUUCAUUGUGAUUAGUAGACUCUUAACAUUUAUGUCACUCCCCUUCCCCCUGUCUUACUUAAUAAAGGACAUAUUUACCUUGAAGUUUAUGGAGAAGUUGUAUUAAAUGCUGUAUGCAAAUGUCGGAUGUUCUGUUCUGAGAACUAAUUCAACGAAGAAGCACAGUCAUACCGGAAGGCAGCUUAGCACAUGCAAAAGAGCACAGGUUCUAAUUCUGCUUUGUAAAUCUGUAAAGCAUGAACUUCCUGGGUCUAAAUCUUUUUGAACUAGGUUAUUCCAGAGGGCAGAGUUGCCGUGAAGCUCUAAAUUGUACAUUCCAAAUCGGCGGAACACCAGAGACUUAAACUUACACCUCUGACAAUGUGAGCCUAGUUUUCCAGUGCCCUGGGUCAGGAAAUUUCUCUUUCAGGCAUCCCCUCAAUGAAAUUAUUCUAUUCAAUGACUACAGGUGAGAACCACAGCUUUUUGUGCAUACAUUGGCUUUGUGUCUAUCUGUAAUAAAUGACCUUUAAACUGUCCAUCGAAAAUAUUUAUAUA